CCCACUGAGAUAAACAUGGACGGCGAGUGGUGAGAGGAGGUUAAAUUUUACCUGGCUGGCCCGCGUCCGCUUUCUGUUUGGAUUCAGUUUAUUUUCAAGUCGAAUUAUUAUUAUUAUUGAAUACAUUUUAAAAGAUGAACAUUCUCCCGAAGAAGAGCUGGCACGUCCGCAACAAGGAUAACGUGGCGCGCGUGCGGAAGGACGAGGCGCGCGCCGCGGAGGAGGCGCGCGAGCGGCAGCGCAGAGUGGAGCGCGCCGAGCAGGAGGCCCGAACGAAUUUCCUGCGCAGUAAAUGCCGUGCUUCACUUCCCGAGUCCGGGAAUGCGGCGCUGGUAGGAAAGGAGGAGGAGGAGGGAGGAAAAGAGGGAGAGAAGCACCUGGACCUGUUCGGAGAGAGGGAUCUAGGAGGAGGCGAGAAGAGGGGCAACAAGGACUACGAAGCCGACAAGAAACAAGAACAGGAAAAACGUGAGCGUGCGAUUGGUCUGCUGGUGUCUCUAGGCCCUGCCCCUGGCACUGCCACACCCUGGUACCUAAAGGGGCAAGGGAGUGAGAAAGAGGGAGCGCCAACGACAGGAAAGCAGGAGGAGACGAACCGAGCCAAGAAGCCAAGGACAGAGCCCGAGAAGGGGACCGAGAAAGAGAGGAAAGAAGAGAAACUGAAGGCUCUGCUCGACCCGCUCAGAGACAUGGAGAGAAUAAUGAAGAGAAAGAGGAAGAGCGAGAAAAAAGAGGAGAGGAAGAGCAAGGAGAGGAGGAGAGAGGAAGCAGGGGGCAGCUCGUCCCUGGAGCGACUGCGCGAGGAGAGGAGGCGGAGGGAGGCAGCGGAGCGACUGCGAGCGCAGGCCCUGUUGAAGAAAGGGAACGAGAAGGAGGGGAAAGAAGAGGAGGAGGAUGACAGGAGCAGACCUUACAGCAGCCAGUACCACCCAGAACUGUCCAGGAAGAGGCAGAGAAGAGACUUGGGCAGCGACCCGUACGGCUUUAAUACAAAAAAGAACUGAGGGGCUGAGGAGCCCACACUGUGCCGCCCCGGCGCACGGGUCUAGUGGAAACAGGUGCAUCUUGUCUAGUGUUUUGAGAGUGUGGUUUCGGCCACUGCAGCCCAGUCUGUUCCUUGAUACGAUGCAAGGCUAGAGGACACCUCGAAUAGCACAGUGCCGUAUCUCAUACGGCUAGAAGCGAAGGCUAUUUUAAAAACAAACCCAAGUAUUUUUUUCUUAUUUUGUGAUGAAGCCGUUUAAUAAGACAUGUUUAAUUCAUAUUUUGCUAAUAAGACCACUGAUAAAAAGACCAAAAAUAAAUAAAACAGCCACAAAUGUU